ACGUCAUGAAGGAAACAGCGGCCAAGCGGCGGGACAAGGCGGGAGGCUCCAAAGCCGAGAAGCCGAAAGAGUCGGGCCCGGAGCCGCAGGACGUGGAGAUGCCGGAGGAAGAGGGGGCCAAUGCGGCGAAGCAGCCCAAAGAGCUGGACAGCCUGACUCUGGACGACAUUAAGGAGCAUGUAAAGCAGAUAGAGAAGGCAGUGUCAGGGAAGGAACCCCGCUUUGUGCUUCGUGCUCUGAGGGCGUUGCCGUCCACCAGCCGUCGUCUGAACACCAACGUUCUACAUAAAGCCUUCUUCGGCUUUUUCACCAACAACACCACCACCAGAGACUUCCUGCUCAGCUUCUUGGAGGAGCCCAUGGAGAUGACGGAUGCCGGAGACAUCCAGUUCCGUCCCAGGACGGGUAAAGCUGCAUCAGCUCCCCUGCUGCCGGAGGUUGAGGCUUACCUGCAGCUGCUGCUGGUGGUUCACCUAAUGAACAACAAGAGAUACACCGAGGCUCAGAAAGUAUCAGACGACCUGCUGCAGAAGAUCGGCUCAAAGAACCGCAGAGCUCUGGAUCUGGUCGCUGCCAAGUGUUACUAUUACCAUGCCCGUGUGUACGAGUUCCUCAACCAGUUCGACACCAUGCGCAGUUUCCUCCACACGCGUUUGCGUACAGCGACUCUACGUCACGACGCUGACGGCCAGGCCGUCCUCCUGAACCUGCUGCUCAGGAACUACCUGCACUUCAACCUGUACGACCAGGCCGAGAAACUGGUGUCCAAGUCCGUGUUCCCUGAACUUGCCAACAACAACGAGUGGGCCCGAUACCUUUACUACACAGGUCGUAUUAAGGCGAUCCAGUUGGAGUACUCUGAGGCUCGGAGGACUCUGACAAACGCUCUGAGGAAAGCUCCCCAACACACCGCUGUGGGCUUCAAGCAGACGGUUCAUAAGCUGCUGAUCGUGGUCGAGCUGUUGUUGGGAGAGAUUCCUGACAGACUUCAGUUCAGACAGCCGUCACUGAAGAGGUCACUGAUGCCCUACUUCCUGCUGACACAGGCUGUGAGAACGGGUAACCUGGCCAAGUUUAACCAGGUGUUGGAGCAGUUUGGGGAGAAGUUUCAAACAGACGGGACGUACACACUCAUCAUCCGCCUGAGACACAACGUCAUCAAGACCGGUGUGCGUAUGAUAAGUCUGUCGUACUCGCGGAUCUCUCUGGCCGACAUCGCUCAGAAGCUGCAGCUCGACAGUCCAGAGGACGCAGAGUUCAUUGUCGCCAAGGCGAUCCGUGACGGAGUGAUCGAGGCAAGCAUCAAUCAUGAGAAAGGUUUUGUCCAAUCAAAAGAGACGAUGGACAUCUACGGCACCAGAGAGCCUCAGCUGGCUUUUCACCAGAGAAUCUCCUUCUGUCUGGACAUCCACAACAUGUCUGUUAAGGCCAUGAGGUUUCCUCCCAAAGCUUACAACAAAGACCUGGAGUCAGCAGAGGAGCGUAGGGAAAGAGAGCAGCAGGAUCUGGAGUUUGCUAAAGAAAUGGCUGAAGAUGAUGACGACAGUUUCCCGUGAGACUCUCGGCCGACUUCCUGUGCGGACAGGAUGUGAAUCUGUGUGUCUGCACGCUGAUAUUCAACAGUUAUUAGCCACAAUCCCCUUCUCCCCUCGCUUCUUUCUCUCUGCUGUGUAUUCCUGCUGUAACUUCUGUUCUCUGCAGCCGCUGUUUGUUGUUUCUCUCACUCGAAUAAAAGACACAUUGGUUUUGUUUA